GCGAAAUCUUCAGAGAAGGCAUAGCUCCAAUAGCAAGUCUGAGUAAAAUUAGUUCUAUUAUUCCCUCAAAACGCGAGAGUGGAUUCAAACAAAUUAAAAGGCUCUGCCCCUUCUGGAUCCUGUGUGAACAAUGGAGACAGCGCGAGCAAAAACGCCACAGCAAAGGCAAGUCGUUUUUCUUACUAUAUUGUUGCUUUUGGGGGAGGCUGGCACUGAGGCAAUUAGAUACUCCAUGCAAGAAGAAACUGAGAGUGGCUACUUGGUGGCUAAUCUAGCAAAAGAUCUGGGUCUUAAGGUGGGGGAAUUGGCCACUAGAGGGGCGCGAAUCCAUCAUAGAGGAAACAAAGAGCUCUUGCAGCUGGAUGCAGAGACCGGGAAUUUACUCCUGAAGGAAAAACCAGAUCGCGAGGAGCUGUGUGGGGUGACAGAACCCUGUGUGCUACACUUUCAGCUCAUACUGAAAAAUCCUGUGCAGUUCUUCCAAACUGACCUGCAGCUCACAGACAUAAACGACCAUUCUCCAGAGUUCCUGCACAGGGAAAUGCUCCUAAAGAUCCCAGAGAACGUUCAGCCAGGGUCUGUGUUUCCUCUGAAGGCGGCUCAGGACUCUGACAUAGGCAGCAAUGCUGUUCAGAACUACACAGUCAACCCCAACCUCCACUUCCAUGUCGUUAUUCACAGUCGAGCUGAUGGCAGGAAAUACCCAGAGCUGGUGCUGGACAGAGCCCUGGACAGGGAGGAGCAGCCUGAGCUCACUUUAACCCUCACUGCUGUGGAUGGUGGGUCUCCACCCAGGUCUGGGACUACCACAGUUCGCAUUGAAGUCGUGGACAUCAAUGAUAACGCUCCCCAGUUUGUACAGUCGCUCUAUGAAGUUCAGGUCCCUGAGAACAGCCCCCUUGGUGCCUUAGUUGUCAUGGUCUCUGCCAGGGAUUUAGAUGCUGGAAUACAUGGGAAUGUAGCCUACUCUCUGUUUCAAGGUGGUGAAGUUUCUCAACCAUUUGUAAUAGAUGCAGUCACAGGAGAAAUUCGUCUGAGUAGAGAGUUGGAUUUCGAGGUAACUAACCAUUAUAACAUAGAAAUAGCAGCCACGGAUGGAGGAGGCCUUUCAAGCAAGUGCACUGUAGCUGUGCGGGUGUUGGAUGUAAAUGACAAUGCGCCAGAGUUGACCAUCUCCACACUCACAAAUCCUAUUCCAGAAAACUCGCCGGAGACUGUAGUUGCUGUGUUCAGUGUUUUUGAUUUAGAUUCUGGGGAUAAUGGAAGGAUGGUGUGUUCUAUUCAGAACGAUCUUCCAUUUCUUUUGAAGCCCACAUUCGAGAACUAUUACACUUUAGUGACAGAGGGGCCACUGGACAGAGAGAACAGAGCUGAGUACAACAUCACCAUCACAGUCACCGACAUGGGCACACCCAGGCUCACAACCCAGCACACCAUAACAGUGCAGGUAUCUGACGUCAACGACAACACCCCCACCUUCAAUCAAAGCUCCUACACCCUGUUUGUCCAAGAGAACAACAGCCCCGCCCUGCACAUAGGCACCAUCCGCGCCACAGACUCAGACUCAGGCUCCAAUGCCCACAUCACCUACUCGCUGCUGCCCACCCAUGACCCGCAACUGCCUCUCUUCUCGCUCAUCUCCAUCAAUGCCGACAAUGGGCAGCUGUUCGCGCUCAGGGCGCUGGACUACGAGACCCUGCAGAGCUUUGAGUUCCUCGUGGGCGCCAAAGAUCAAGGCUCGCCCGCGCUCAGCAGUCAGGUGGUGGUGUGCGUCCAUGUGCUGGACAUCAACGACAAUGCGCCGUUCGUGCUCUACCCGCUGCAGAACGCCUCUGCGCCUUGCGUAGAGCUGCUGCCCAGGGCGGCAGAGCCAGGCUAUCUGGUCACCAAGGUGGUGGCAGUGGACCGGGACUCUGGUCAGAAUGCCUGGUUGUCAUUCCAGCUGCUCAAGGCCACGGAGCCAGGGCUGUUCAGCGUGUGGGCUCACAAUGGCGAGGUGCGCACCUCCAGGCUGCUGAGUGAGCGCGAUGCUCCCAAGCACAGGCUGCUGCUGCUGGUCAAGGACAAUGGCGAUCCUCCGCGGUCUGCCAGUGUCACUCUGCACGUGCUGUUGGUGGAUGGCUUCUCUCAGCCCUACCUGCCUCUGCCUGAGGUGGUGCGCGGCCCUGCGCAGGACAAUGAGGACUUGCUCACACUCUAUUUGGUCAUCGCCUUGGCAUCUGUGUCUUCGCUCUUUCUCUUGUCUGUGCUGCUGUUCGUGGGGGUGAGGCUGUGCAGGAGGACCAGGGCGGCCUCUCUGCGUGGCUGCUCUGUGCCCGAGGGCCACUUUUCUGGACACCUCGUGGACGUUAGCGGUGCAGGGACCCUGUCCCAGAGCUACCAGUAUGAGGUGUGUCUGACUGGAGACUCUGGGACCACAGAUUUCAAUUUCCUCAAGCCUGUUAUUCCCAGUAGUCUGAUUCCAGACACUUAUAUGUUGAAUAGUUAA